GAGGCGGCCGCCGGGGGUGAGACGAGACGCGGUGCGAGGAAGCAGGAUCCGGGAGGGCGAGCCAGGGGCUUGCACCUGCGUGGCCGGAGCGGGCUCAAAAGGAUCAGUGGGAAAGGAACCAAAGUUAAGUACAUCAUGGUGUCUCAAGAGGAACCUGGGACAACUGAUCUGUGGACUGGACUUCCUCUCUGAAUCAGCUGGUAUUGCUUUUUGUCUGUAGUGUGAAAGCCUCCCCAGAGGCAACUGAAAUCCCCAAUCUUCUCAGAAUGGGAUGGGGGAAGUUCUCCUUAAACACGUUUAUCUCACAAGCUUUGGAAGGAGCCCAAAUGCCAAAGGCAAGAAGCCCAGAGCGUUGCCUACCCUGGUGUGCUAUCCUGAUAAAUGUCUAACAGAUUUAGCUUGUGUUCAGUGGGCUUGACCAUUUGCUGGGCCAAGUUCUAGAACAGCGAGACAUCUUGGGAUUCAGCUGGUUUAGGGAAGAUCUUUGACUGGUCGUCAUUUCAGUGUUCUUUAAAUAGUCAAGUCUUGAAGUCUCAUCACUGUGGUCUGAUCUGACGAAUGGCCCCGCCAGUUUGAGGCACCAGGAUGGCCUUGUUCUGUGGGCAAGACAACUGUGAAAGAAGGAGCUGUGUGUGUGGAAGUCUGUGGGAAGAGAGAGCCACCUAGAAUGUCCCCGCCAAACCAGUCCUUGGAAGGCCUUCUCCAGGAGGCCUCCAACAUAUCUGUGAAUGCUACAGAAACUCCAAAAGCUUGGGGUCCAGGGACCCUCCAGGCCCUCAAGAUUUGUCUUAUUGUGGUCCUUUCCAUCAUCACAUUGGCCACAGUCGUUUCCAAUGCCUUUGUGCUUACCACUAUCUUCCUGACCAGGAAGCUCCACACUCCCGCGAACUAUCUCAUUGGCUCCCUGGCCAUGACUGACCUCUUAGUUUCCAUCUUGGUCAUGCCCAUCAGCAUCGCAUAUACCACCACCCACACCUGGAGCUUUGGCCAAAUCCUGUGUGACAUCUGGCUGUCUUCUGACAUCACGUGCUGCACGGCCUCCAUCCUGCAUCUCUGUGUCAUUGCCCUGGACAGGUACUGGGCCAUCACCGAUGCGCUGGAGUACACUAAACGCCGGACAGCAGGCCACGCGGCCGCCAUGAUCGCCGUCGUCUGGACCAUCUCCAUCUGCAUCUCCAUCCCACCGCUCUUCUGGCGGCAGGCCAAAGCUCACGAAGAGAUGUCCGAUUGCCUGGUGAACACUUCUCAGAUCUCCUACACCAUCUACUCCACGUGUGGGGCUUUCUACAUCCCGUCUGUGUUGCUCAUCAUCCUCUAUGGCCGGAUCUACGUGGCCGCCCGGAACCGCAUCCUGAAUCCUCCCUCGCUGUACGGGAAGCGCUUCACCACAGCGCAGCUCAUCACGAGCUCCGCGGGGUCCUCGCUCUGCUCUCUCAACCCCAGCCUUCAUGAGGGGCACUCUCACUCAGCCGGCUCCGCUCUCUUUUUCAACCAUGUGAAAAUCAAGCUUGCUGACAGUGCCCUGGAGCGCAAGAGGAUUUCCGCUGCCCGAGAAAGGAAAGCCACGAAAACCUUGGGGAUCAUUCUGGGGGCAUUUAUCAUCUGCUGGCUGCCCUUCUUUGUUGCAUCUCUGGUCCUGCCCAUCUGCAGGGACUCCUGCUGGCUCCACCCAGCCGUUUUUGACUUUUUCACCUGGCUAGGCUAUUUAAACUCCCUCAUUAAUCCAGUAAUAUAUACUGUGUUUAAUGAAGAGUUUCGGCAAGCAUUUCAAAGAGUUGUCCAUUUCCGGAAAGCCACCUAGUCUCAUUUGGUGGUGACCCUGUUAUCUUUUGUGUCCUGGAACCCAAUUGGAAUUGUCUUCUUUUUUUUUUUUUAAUUUUUCAUGAGAUUUGGGUUAAUCCUGAUAGUUUAUGUUUUGGUUCAAUCAAUAGAAUUGUUCAUUGUUCUUUUUCCUGUUGUCUUCUUGACUUCUGAGCCACCAAAGUUGGGCAGGUAUUUGAAAGGGGACAAGAGUGAAGAUUUCACUUAGCAUAAUAUUUUCAUGGUUCAUUCAUGUUGGAAGAAAUGUGACCCCCACACAGGAUUCCCCAGUGAGGCAAUUCAGGUGGAAAGCUGUCUGACUCUGUGGAAAGACCCCAGGCUCAGAGGGAAGGCUUUCUGGGUCUACCUAAGUUUUAUCUGGAGCUCAAAGGAGGGCAGAUGAGAUUAAUUACCAGAGUUGAAAGAGAAUUUGGGGUCAGGAAGGAGGAGUCUCCACUUUAUGUGGCACAUUGAUUGGAAAAUAACAGCCAGGGAUUUCUUCUACUGAGUCCUUCUUAAAUUGAAUUUCUCCCAGUUGCUCAUUUGAGGUGACAACAAUAUAGAGUGACAGAGAGAGAUUCUGAAGCUGCGGGCAGGGGAGUGGGAUGGUUGGGACCAGGUCAACUACCCUGUACUUUCCUCCUUCUCCAGUAUCUCUGCACCCUUGUCAAGUUCUGAAGCUA